AUAUAUCGGUCUUAAAGCUCCAGAGCCUGAAGAGCACUUUGAAAGUGGUGCGACCGAGUCAACUCGCUCCUUCGCAUCCCCAACUCGUUCGCCCGGUCGCUUUUACGGCUUUGGCAAUCCAAUUUCCCACCUCCGCAUUGCAUCCUUUCUCACCAGCUCUCGCCCCCAUUCCGAUCCGAUUUUUGAAAAUCUUAGGCGGAAGUGCUUAUUCUACUGGACUUCCAAUAAACAAGAAAUUCUUUUUGUGUUGAUACAGUUUUGUAGAACUUUAAAUCAUGAGUUUUGUAUUCCGAGGAACUAGAGCAGAUAUAGAAUCUGGGUUUCCAGGAUUGAUCCCUGAAAGGCGUGCGGUGCGUGUUCAUGCAGCACGACCUGUUAAUACCAACUCUCUUGCUUUUCUUGUUACAGUGCUCUUGCUGUUCAUGAUUCUAAACUCACACCAAAUGUCACCUAACUUUCUGCUGUGGUUGGUGCUUGGUGUCUUCCUGGUGGCAACAACACUCAGGAUGUAUGCCACCUGUCAACAACUUCAUGCUCAAGCACAGGCUCAUGCUGUUGCAGCCAGUGGCCUUCUUGGUCAUACUGAGUUGCGGCUGCAUAUGCCUUCAUCCAUUGCACUGCCCCCGUCUAUUGCACUUGCAACCAGAGGACGGUUACAAGGCCUCAGGCUUCAACUUGCACUUCUGGACAGGGAGUUUGAUGACUUAGAUUAUGAAGCUCUGAGGGCACUUGAUGCUGAUAAUGUUCCUACGGCACCUUCAAUGACUGAAGAAGAGAUAAAUGCUCUUCCUGUUCAUAAAUACAAGAUAUUUGGGCCUCAGAGUGCUGGAUUAUCAGGGCAGCAGGUGUCAAGUUCGUCCUCUGCAGAGAAGAAGCAAGAGCCAGUAAAUUCUGCAGGGUCUUCUAAGCCUUCCGAUGAUGAACUAACUUGCAGCGUUUGCUUGGAACAAGUAAACGAAGGAGAACUCGUUCGCAGCUUGCCUUGCUUGCAUCAGUUCCAUGCUAAUUGCAUAGACCCAUGGCUGAGGCAACAGGGGACAUGCCCAGUCUGCAAAUUCAAGAUAGGGUCAAGAUGGGAGAAUGAACUAGAAGAAGGGGAAAUGGAUGCAUCUUACAUGGUGUAGCUUUUACAAUGUUUUUAGAUUUCUUUUUUCUAAAAGUAUCAUGUAUAAGUCCAGUCCGGGUAUUAUGUACAUAUUCUUUACUCAACGUGACACAGUACAUGGCAUACAAUGUAGAUAAAACAGAUACUCAGAAAACCUCCUCAAAAAGCAGCAGCAAAAAAUAUAUUGUUUCUUACUACUUUUUAGCCAUAAA